AUGAGCGAGCCCGAAGUUCAAACCUCACGUACAUCUGUCGACUACCAGGAGCAUGAAAGGUCUGAAAGUUCUGAAAGACCACUUAUCCCUAGGGCUAGCAAGGAAGUCCAAAAUCUGCUUCUGCAACAUGAGAACUAUCUCCGCGAAACCACGCUGCUUGCUCGAACGGAGAGAACUCGCGAAGGCGAUCAAGGGCAGCUGGAUAUCGACUACCAUGUUGAGAUAUACUUCGCGCAUUUUCAUUCUCAAUGGCCGAUCAUUCACAAGCCCUCCUUCCACCUAAGUAAAGACUCGCAACCACAUGUUCUGAUCUUAAGCUUUGCUAUGAUCGGGCUAUGGGUUACCGGCGGGAGGGCUGCGCGGACAAGAGCGAAGAAUAUGCAUGAGAAAUUAGUGACAUUGUUAGAGAGUCGCAUGGGAGACUGGAAGUCGCAGAAAGACUUCAAGGACACAUCAUGGCCGAUGUCGACAUUCCAAGCCGUCCUUCUGAACGUGAUAUUCGCACCGAUAAGAGAGGCCCCUCCAGAUCUGCAGAACCGUUGCUCAUCGAUGGUCCGCGCACUAACGACAACCUGUAUCGCCGGUGGCUUAUUCUGCUACGGCCGCAUUCGUGCACAACUGACGCCGAAUGAAUCGUUACUGUUCUCGUGGACAUGGGUAGAAGAGACUAAACGACUGGCGCUAGCUCUGUUCAAAGCGAACCUUCUCUAUAACACAGGGAUGCUGAUCAUCUCCGACCUUGGGAUCCCCCUUCCAGACGGUGGAUACUUGUGGGAUGCGCCGGGGAGCAGGGAGUUUUAUCGUCGGUACCAUGCACAGGUAGAAUCUGGGACCUACGAGACGCCUUUGAUAUGCAACAUUUUUCGUGAUGUUCAAAGGGGCGGACAGGGUUUAGGUUUGCUAUUGCAGACGGAUAGUUGGUUAGGGUUCCUUGCGUCGGAGCAGGAGCGGUCUGGUGGUGGAUGAGUAUAGAAUACAAUGGAAAGUGCCCCAGUAUAGAUUACUCAUUGGAAUUAGAGUUCUUAGACA